AUGGUCAACCCGGUUAGAGAAGCGGCCUCACCAGGCGACGGGCCCUCACCGCUGACACCGCAGGUAGAUGUGCUCGGCGCCCCAGAGAUCUCUGCCGUCGACGAAGAGAAGCAGCCGCCGCAAGUGUCCGCCCACGAGCAGAUUGGCGACCAGAUCCCGCCUGAGCUGCUCGCCGAGCUGGCACCCAAUGGCGAAGGAGAGUACAUCCGCCGUCUCGUCAGCGAGAUGACCGAGGAAGAGGCCUACGCGAUUGUCCAAGAGGGCCUGCGCUUUCACAGCGACGACUGGAACUUCCCGUCUGACAUGCGCCAACGCAUGGAGCGCCUCGUCACCGAGGGCCCCAAGCAGUACGGACCCUACUACGACCGAGAUCUUCGAAUCGACGCCGUCAUGCUGCGCCACUCCUCGCCUUACCCAGGCGUCCGUGCCGUGGCCGACCCCCAGGACGACGACAGCACCCACGUCGAGACCAUCCGCGCCUACUUUUUGGGCAUCGGCUGGGCCGUCAUCGGCACCUUUGUCUCAACCUUUUUCAACAGCCGUUUCCCGUCGAUUGGCCUGAGCGGCUCCGUCAUCCAGAUCCUGCUCUACCCGUGCGCCAAAUUUCUCGAGUUUGUCCUGCCCGACUGGGGCCUCACCAUUGCCGGAACACGCCUCUCGCUCAACCCGGGUCCCUGGACGUUCAAGGAGCAAAUGUUUGCGACCAUCACCUACAAUGUUGCCAUCUACACCACCAACGCCUACACGAUGAUCCUGGUGCAGCGCUCGCCCGUGUACUACGGUGAAACAUUCAUCACGGUCGGCUACCAGCUGAUGCUCACGUUCUUUGUGCAGCUCAUGGGCAUGGGCUUUGCCGGCUACCUGCGCCGCUUCAGCGUCUACCCCGUCAAGGCCCUGUGGCCCACCGUUCUGCCCAUCAUCGCCAUGAACCGCGCUCUCACGCGGCCCGACCAGCACCAGGAGUCGGCCCAUGGCUGGACCAUCUCGCGCUACCGCUUCUUCUGCUACUGUGCCCUUGGCAUGUUUUUCUACUACUGGCUGCCCGGCUAUCUCUUCACGGCCCUGUCCACCUUCAACUGGAUGACCUGGAUCGCGCCCAACAACCUCACGCUGGCCAUCCUGACCGGCUCGUCGCUCGGCCUUGGCCUGUUCAACCCCAUCACGACGUUUGACUGGAACGUUGCCACGUCGUCGUACGCCGCACUCGCGCAGCCUUUUUUCAGCACGGCCACCAUGUACGUCGGCAGCUUGCUGGGCGGCAUGGUCAUCCUGGGCAUUUACUACAGCAACUCGUACAACACGGGCUACCUGCCCAUCAACUCGUCCAACGCGUUUACCAACAACGCUACCGUCUUCGAUGUCAAAAACGUGAUUGUCAACAACACCUUUGUUGACUCGCUGUACCAGGAAUACUCGCCGCCCUUUUACACGGCCGGCUAUAUCCUGACGGUGGGCGCCAAUUUUGCGUUUUACCCCGUGUACUUCUUGUACAUUAUGGUCAACCAGUGGAAGACGGUGUCCGAAGCCUAUGUCAACUUCUACAAGGGCUUGCGCUACGGCCGCGGCAACUACGAGGGCGCCAACGACGUCCACAGCCGCCUCAUGGCCCGCUACAAAGAGGUCCCCGACUGGUGGUUCCUUCUCAUUCUCGUGGCCGCCGUCGUCGUGUCCAUUGUGUUCUUGCAUAUCUACCCGCUCAACACGCCCAUCUGGCUCAUUUUCUUGGUGCUCGGCAUCAACUUGGUGUUUGCUGUCCCACUGUCGUUCUUGUCGGCCACCACCGGCACCAACCUGAGCCUCGGCUCCCUGAUCCAGGUCAUGACGGGCUACCUGCUCCCGGGCAACCCCAACGCCUUCUUGUUCGCUCAGACGCUCGGCUCGUGGGCCCUCGCUGGCUACGGCGACAACUACGUUCAGGACAACAAAAUGGCCCACUAUGUCAAGAUUGCGCCCCGCGCCGUCUUCCGCUCGCAGAUCGGAACCAUUAUCAUUACCUGCUUUGUUGCCGUUGCCACCCAAAACUUCAUUCUGGACCACGUCAAGGGUUUGUGUACUCCUAACCAGCCCAGCCGCUUUACGUGUGCCAACGACGGCAAUCCCUUGUAUGCCAGCUCGCUGAUGUGGGGUCUUUUGGGCUCCAACCGCAUGUUUGGCUCGCUCUACCCGCUGUUCAAGUGGUGUUUCUUGAUCGGCUUCUUGAUCGCCCUCGUGUUCCUCAUCGGCCAAGGCUAUGGCCCAGUCUACCUGCCCCGUGUGCGCGUCUGGUUGCGCGACCGCGUGCUGUCGGCCCGCGUGUUCCGUGUUCUUGACGCAACUCUCUUCCCCACGAUCGGAUCCUUGCUCUGGCUCAACCCGGUCCUGGUCAUCCAGGGCGUCCAGCACUGGGCCCCGUCAAACAUGUCGUACAAGACGCCCGGCAUGAUCUUGAGCUUCAUCUUCAUGUACUGGCUGCCCCGGCACCGCCUCGCCUGGUGGGAACGCUACAACUACACCUUGUCGGCGGCCCUGACGGCCGGCGUCGCCGUAAGUGCGCUCAUCAUGUUCUUUGCCAUUGGCUACAACCCGGUCAGCCUGACUUGGUGGGGCAACACUGUCAGUGGCGCCGGCAUCGAUGGGAAGGGCGGUGCUAUUCUUCCGUUGCCGGAGCGGGGCUACUUUGGUCCCGCAAAGGGCACGUUCCCGUAG